AUGAGAAUAGAAGAACUUGUAAUUGAUGGAUUCAAAUCUUAUGCAGUUCGUACUGUUAUCUCUAGGUGGGAUCCCGAAUUCAAUGCAAUCACAGGUUUAAAUGGCUCAGGAAAAUCAAAUAUUUUAGACGCGAUUUGCUUCGUUUUGGGAAUCACAAACAUGAGUCAGGUUCGAGCGAGUAAUUUGCAAGAUCUGAUUUACAAACGUGGCCAAGCUGGAGUUAAUAAAGCUUCAGUCACAAUUGUUUUUAAUAACGAAGAUAGAGAAAAUAGUCCAGUUGCAUUCGAACAAUGUAAACAGAUAACAGUAACCAGACAGAUCAUUAUGGGAGGUCAAAGCAAAUAUAUUAUUAAUGGUCAUCGCGCUCAACAACAGACCGUUGGAAAUCUAUUUCAAUCAGUACAGCUUAAUAUAAAUAAUCCACAUUUUUUGAUCAUGCAAGGUCGAAUUACUAAAGUUCUUAAUAUGAAACCACCUGAAAUUUUGGCUAUGAUAGAAGAGGCAGCUGGAACACGUAUGUUUGAGGAGAGAAAAGAAAAGGCUUUGAAGACUAUCGCAAAAAAAGAAAAAAAAGUUGAGGAAAUCACUCAGUUAUUAAAUGAAGAAAUUGGUCCAAAAUUGGACAAGCUCAGAACAGAAAAAAGAUCUUAUUUGGAAUUUCAAAAAACAGAAUCUGAUAUAGAAAGAUUGAGUCGUUUGGUCGUCGCAUAUGAAUACAUGAAAUAUCAAGAUAAACUUAAUAGAUCAGAAAUAGAAUUUGAAUCAAAGAAAGCCAAAGUCCGUGAUUUACAAGAAUCUAAUGAACAACUUAAAGCAGAACUUGUUCAUUUAGAAGAGGAUAUAAAACAGAUAACAUAUAACAAAGAGAAGGAAAUAGGUCAAGGAGGAAAAAUUCAAGAAUUAGAGAAAAAAGUGACUGAAUAUUCUAACAAAAUAGUUCGAAUACGCACAAAAUGUGACCUCAACAAAACAUCUAUAUCCGAUGAAAUUAACAAUAAAAAUAGUCUAAUAUCUGGUAGAACAGAGUUAGAAGAAAAUUUGAAACAAAAAAAUGAAGGAUAUCAAAAAUCGACAGCACAAUUCGAAAACAUGAAAAAAAUCCAUUAUGAGAAAAGCGAACAAUUGCGAAAGGCGGAAGAACUUUUGCAGACUUUAUCAACUGGAGUUUCUGCGCAGGAAGGACAUGAAAAUGGGUAUAUGGAACAGCUUCAAGAAAUUGAGCAGGCAAAAUUAAAAAUAUCGCAUCUUAAGAAAGAACUAAAUGAAAAGGAACCACAGGCUGUAAAAGCUAAGAAUGAUAAUUGGGAGUUAUUGAAUAGUUUAGAAUUGACUAAAAGAUCUAUGCAGGAUCUACAGACGAGAUUGUCAAAAAUUGAUUGGGAUCCAAGUAAAGAUGAAGAUAUAUUGAAGAAAAAAUCCAUUGAACACGCAAGCAAAUUAACGAGCUUGCAAUUUACUUAUACCGAUCCUACACCGAAUUUUAAUCGAAGACAAGUCAAAGGUUUAAUUGCAGAAUUGGUCACAUUGAGUUCUGAGAAUGAACAGUGUUCUACAGCUUUAGAAAUUUGCGCUGGUGGAAGAUUAUACAAUGUUGUGGUAGAAAAUGAAAAGGUUGGAGCACAACUUCUUGAUACUGGAAGAUUGAAGAAACGUGUUACGAUCAUUCCUUUGAAUAAAAUCACACCAUUUAAAGUAUCCGCUGAGAAAAUUGCGGUAGCUCGAAAUAUCGCUCCCGGAAAAGUGGAUUUGGCUUUGUCUUUAAUAGGGUAUGAAAAUGAAGUUAUUAGAGCAAUGGAGUUUGUAUUCGGUGGCACAUUAAUCUGUUCGGAUGCUGAUACCGCUAAUAAAAUAACAUUUGACAAACGAGUCAUGACAAAAUCUGUUACAUUGGAGGGAGAUGUUUAUGACCCUUCCGGUACUCUUCAAGGUGGUUCCAAACCAUCAUCAGCUGGAAUUCUAGUAAAAUUGCAGGCCUGGAAAGAUCUUAAAGAACAAUUGAAUAGUCAUCAACGUACAUUUGAUAAUUUGAAUGAAGAAAUUAACAAAACACAAAGAAUAAAAGAAAAAUAUGAUCAAAUCAAAAAAGGACUAGAUUUAAAAACACACGAGAUAAUUCAAGUUAUUGAAAGUAUUAAAACUCAAAUAAUCGAGCAAGAAAAUAUAAUUACAGCUGCUAAGGAAAAAUAUAAUACCUUUAUUUUAAAUUGUCAAAGGAUUGAAAAUGAAAUGAACGAAUUUAAAAAUAAUCGUGACUCCAAAAUGAAAGAUAUAGAGAGAACAGUUUCCCAAGGAAAAUCAGAAUUAUCACAAAGUAAUCAAAUUGUUAUAAACAUGCAACGUCAAGUUCAAAUAUUACAUCUCGAAAUAAAGAAUCUCGAAGAAGAUUUAAACGGUAUAAAUAAAGAUAUUGGUAAUUCUGAUAUAAUCAUCCAACAAUUGACUGAAUCGACUAAAUCAAUGGAUGAAGAACUAAAUCAGCUUAUGACUUUACAAGCACAAGCUCAAGCUGAAUUGGACAAUGAAUUAGAAAUAUUAUUUCUUGAAGAAAAAGAAGCUGCGCAAAAUGCUAUUCAACAAAUGGAACGAAAACAUGAUUGGAUUUUGCAUCAGAAACAGUUAAGUUCACAAAUUUUAAUUUCAUUGAGCUUUCCAAUACAUUUUGGUCAACCUAAUACAGCUUAUGAUUAUAUUAAUCAAAAUCCAAAUGAAUGUAAGAAAAUGCUACUACAAUUAGAAAAGAAACAUAAUAAUAUGCGUAAAAAGAUCAACGCAAAAGUCAUGAACAUGAUUGAUAGUGUUGAGAAAAAAGAAGUUUCACUAAAGCAAAUGUUAGCGACCGUGCAGAAAGAUAAGAAAAAAAUAGAAGAUACCAUAGUUUCUCUUGAUGAUUAUAAAAAAGAUGCUUUAGAAAGAACUUGGAAAAAAGUUGAUGGUGAUUUUGGUGCAAUUUUCAGCGAUUUAUUGCCAAAUAGUUUUGCUUCGCUUAAAAUACCUGAAGGAUCAGAACUAAACCUAGGUUUGGAAGUUAAAGUACAACUUGGUGGAGUUUGGAAACAAAGCUUAGCAGAAUUAAGUGGUGGUCAAAGAUCCUUGAUAGCUUUAUCGUUGAUUCUUUCAUUAUUACAAUUUAAACCUGCUCCGAUGUAUAUUUUGGACGAAGUGGAUGCUGCACUUGAUCUUUCACAUACACAAAAUAUCGGUCAAUUACUUCGAACUCGAUUUAAAGGAUCUCAAUUUAUAGUCGUUUCACUUAAGGAAGGAAUGUUUAACAAUGCCAAUGUUCUGUUUCGUACAAGAUUUCGCGAUGGCACAUCUGUUGUAGAGGAAUCUACAGUUGCCACUAAGAAACUUAUUCUUUUACUUUUAUUGAACGAGAAAUUUUUAGUGAUUCUGAAAGCUGAGGAUUUUCUGCUAUAA